UGGCCCGUCACCCACUGCAGUUCUCCCACCAGGUCAUCUGCCCCUCAAGCUUAGCAUUGAAAGAAAAAAAAAAAACGGAGAGCCAUGCCAAGUCUGGAGAAAGAAAUAGAAAGAAUAUGAGUAGAUUUUGGAAUAAUAUUUGGUUUGGAGCAGGAGAGAGAAGCAAGUCAUAGAGAUGGAGAGCCAAAAGGUGGUUGUGGUGGUGGAGGAGGCCAACGCCGCCCGAGCUGCCCUCCAGUGGGCGGUCCGCAACUUCCUUCGCAGCACCGACUCCGUCACUCUCCUCUACGUCUGCCCCUUGACACGAUCCAAGAAGAAGCAGAGAAAGCUAAGGCUCAAGGGCUUCCAACUGGCCCUCUCUUUCAAGGAUCUCUGCAACGGCAUCGCCGAGGCAAAGGUGGAGAUCAUAGUGACUGAAGGUGAUCAAGGGGCGUCGGUUGUUUCUACGGUGAACAAGCUUGGAGCCUCUACCCUUGUAGUUGGGCUUCAUGAGCAGAGCUUCCUUUACAACCCCCCCAUUCCAAAUCUUGGUGCAAGAAACUUCAAUUGUCGCAUUCUUGCUAUUAAAGAGCACACAAAAACUCGUGAAGGUGUUGUGAAUGCGGAAUUCUCUCAAGUUGAAAUUACAAGGAUAUGCAUGGCAGAACCCAAGAACCCAUUUCCAAUCUUCCCUCUUUCCUUGGGGUUUUUAUGUAGAAGAUCAAAAAGGCGAAAGCAAUGAGCCUCCAAUUAAGAGGUGCUUUUUUAUUAGCCAGGUGCAAAAAUAUGGUCAAAAGCGACAGUUGGCCUUUUUUUAGUUGAUAUCUAACCUGCAGCCACACCCAAACAGAGUUAGAAUUAAUCAAGUAUGCUUAAAUGGAUCAUAUUUUUGAUUUCAAUGGAAUAGUCUUUUGACAAAUAGCAGAGGAUUAAAGCGCGUCAAUCCAUCGAUUAAAGAACAGAAAGUUGUGCUGACAUUUGUCUUGCGUGUUGAGAUUCACUUGUAUACAGCGUCAGCCAUUUUGUUAUUUUUUACAAUUUGUGAUGUAUUUUUAACUUGAUCGAGUUGAAGAUACCCACCACAGCUCAUAUAAUUUUAUGCAAGUUUCUUGUCUU